AUGAAGAAGUUUCAACUAAGCUUUUCUCUCAUCCUAUUAAUUCCAACUCUUUGUUUUUCUUUUACAUGGGGAGCUUUAUCCAAAAUACUUGAUGUCACACCAGAUUCUGAAGAUUUCCUAAGCUGUGUACAAUCCAAAUCCAGCAAUGUCACAUUUAUCUCUCAACUUGUUUUUACACCUGCUAAUUCUUCUUUCCUACCCAUUUGGCAAGCCAGAGUCAAAAACCUUAGAUUCAUUAAAUCUUCCACUUCCAAACCGUCGGUUGUUGUCACUCCUGUCGACGAAUCCCAGAUCAGAACUACUCUUUUAUGCAGCAAGAAACACGGAUACGAGAUGAGAAUCAGGUGUGGAGGCCAUGACUUAGAGGGCCUUUCGUCCACAGCUGAUGUUCCAUUUGUUAUGCUUGAUCUUAAUAAUAUGAGAUCAGUAGACGUUAAUGUUGCAAAUAGGAUCGCUUGGGUCCAGAGUGGCGCUGUACUUGGUGAAGUGUAUUACGCUAUAUCUAAAAAAACUGAUACAUUGUAUUUCCCUGCUGGUGUUUGUCCCACAGUGGGUAUUAGUGGGUUCUUGAGUGGCGGCGGCUAUGGACACAUGAUUAGAAAGUAUGGUACUGGUGCUGAUAAUGUUGUGGAUGUUCGGUUCAUGGAUGUCAAUGGAAAUAUUCUUGAUAAAUUGUCAAUGGGCAAAGAUUUGUUUUGGGCUAUUCGUGGUGGUGGUGCAUCAAGUUUCGGAAUAGUUCUUGCUUGGAAGCUGAGGUUGGUUCGUGUGCCAAAGUUAGUAACUGUUUUCUCCGUUAGCAAAACUUUGGAAGAAGAUGCGACAGAAGUUUUGCAUAAAUUUCAAUACGUUGUACCAAGUAUUGAUAAAAAUUUAAGCAUAAGAGUUACAAUAUCUAGCGUAGAUAUAACAAACAGUACCAAAAAGACCAUUAAUACGAUAUUCAAUGGAAUUUAUUACGGCAAAAUUGACACAUUGCUUCUAUUGCUAGAUAAAAAGUUCCCGGAACUGAAUGUCACGCGAGAAAUUUGUGAAGAAAUGAGAAUGGUUCAAGCCUCCCUUGUAUUUGGAGGUUAUACAAGCAACACCUCGCCGGAGAUUCUUCUAACCCGGUCUUCCACAUUUGUUCUAAAUGGCAAAAACAAACUAGACUAUGUCAAAACACCAAUCCCAAUAACCGGACUCAAAAGGAUAUGGAAAAAGAUCUUUGAAAACGACGGAUCAGAGAUUCUAUUCAUGCACUCUUUUGGUGGGAAGAAUGAUGAGUAUUCAGAGACAGCAAUUCCAUAUCCUCAUAGAGCUGGGGUGUUGUACCAAUUUCAUCAACAGGUUAAUUUUAACGAUCAAAUAUCCGAUAGUACCCCAGAAUCACUUCGGCGUAUAAAUUGGCUGAGAAGCUUAAAUGAGUAUAUAACGCCUUAUGUGUCAAAGAACCCAAGGGAGGCGUACUCGAAUUAUAAUGAUCUUGAUUUGGGUGUGGGAACUGAUAAUUAUGAAGAAGCUAGUAAAUGGGGCGAAAGGUACUGGAAGAGAUGCAACUUUGAAAAGUUGAUUCACAUCAAAGACAUAGUUGAUCCAGAUAAUUUUUUUAGACACCCACAAAGUAUCCCGGUCUUCUCAAAAUCUCUCCCAUAA